AUGUCCACGUUAGAUGCAUCACAAAUAUCUUCUCGACUGCUUAAUGACCCAGUUUUGAUUAAUAAAAGAUUAGAUCGAUGGAAAAUUCGUCUUCAAAAUCUUACCGAAAUUCAACUUCCAACUGAUUACCCUCGACCAUUACCACCUAAAGUUGUUGAGGCCAUUAAAAUAUUGAAUUUACCAGAAACCACUGCAUUAGCUGUCUUACAACUUUCACUGGCGAUUCCAUCCGAUACCGUCUCUAUAUCUUCUCCUUUUAAUAUAACCACAUCACCAGAUAAUGAUACAUUUUAUGAUAAUCCUUCACCAUUUAUAAUUCUUUUGGCUGCAUUCACAUUAUUAUUAUAUCGAUAUACGGGAGAUGAAGAUAUCGUUGUUGGAUCAUCGUCUGAUACUAGGAAUCCUCUUGUGUUAAGAAUAAAUGUUAGUCCCAAAGAUACUUUUGAACAAAUUGUACAUAAAAUUCAGCAAGUUGAAAGAGAGGCUACUGCAGAUGAAGUUCCGUUCAAUUUAUUAUUAUCUUCAUUAUUUAAUGAUAAUAAAGAAAGUCAGGAAUCCACCAAGAGAAAGGAUUCACUCUCAAAUCUAGCAUUAGUAAAUUCACCAUUAUUUCGAGUACGAUUUUUUAAUCAAACUGAUAUGCCCGAAAUUCCUGUCUUACAAGCAACUUCUUCAACUACUGAUCUCACCGUGACAAUCACUUCACACUCUUCAUCUUCUCUACGCCAUGCACUUUUACCUGCCAUUGAAAUUCUCGUUUCUUAUAAUCAAAUAUUAUUUUCGGAGAAAAGAAUAUCUCAUAUAUUAGAUCAACUUGUUGCCAUCAUUAAUUAUUCGGCUCAACACAAAGAAACAUGUGUUGCCGAAAUUCCAAUUACAACUAAACAAUGCAUUGAAAUUAUUCCUAAUCCAAAUGCGGAUUUAAAAUGGUCAGAAUUUCAAGGUGCCAUUACAGAUAUAUUUUCAAUCAAUGCCAAAAAGAUUCCUGAUAAUAGAUGUGUGGUGGAAUCCAUUGAUCAUAAUGAAGAGGAAAGAGUUUUCACUUAUCGUCAAAUUAAUGAAGCUUCAAAUAUUUUGGCACAUUAUUUAAUUUCAAAUGGAAUUGAAAGGGAAGAUGUAAUUAUGAUAUACGCUUAUCGUGGUGUAGAUCUUGUGAUUUCUAUUAUAGGUGCACUUAAAGCUGGUGCCACAUUUAGCGUUAUUGAUCCGGCAUAUCCACCUGAUCGUCAAAACAUAUAUCUUUCUGUCGCAAAACCUUCUGGACUUGUUAUUCUCAAACGUUCCGGAAUCAUACAUUCAACUGUUCAUGAAUAUAUUCGAGAAAAUUUAAGCAUUAAAUGUGAGAUUCCGGCUUUAGAAAUAUUGGAUGAUGGAUUUCUUAGAGGAGGGAUCAAUGAAUCUGGAAAUGAUGUUUUGGAUAUAGUUCGGGAUCGUGCUUCACUUGAUGUUGGUGUUGUAAUUGGUCCGGAUAGUAUUGGUACCCUGAGUUUUACUAGUGGAAGUACUGGAAUUCCAAAAGGUGUAAGAGGGAGACAUUUUUCUCUCACACAUUAUUAUCCAUGGAUGGCACAAGAAUUUGGUCUGUCAGAGAAAGAUAGAUUUACUAUGCUCAGUGGAAUUGCUCAUGAUCCAAUUCAGCGCGAUAUUUUUACACCUUUAUUCUUUGGUGCAGAAUUACAUAUCCCAACUAGUGAGGAUAUUGGUAUACCGGGAAGAUUGGCCGAGUGGAUGGCAAAACAUCAAGUGACUGUCACACAUUUGACCCCAGAUACUCCAAUACCUUCUCUUCAUAAUGCAUUUUUUGUCGGGGAUAUUCUUACAAAACGUGAUUGUUAUAGGCUACAAAGUAUUGCCUCAAAUACACAAAUAAUUAAUAUGUACGGUACCACAGAAACCCAACGGUCGGUAUCAUAUUUUACCAUUCCACCUUUAGCAUCCGCACCAGCAUUUUUAAAAGUACAAAAAGAUAUUAUGCCCGCUGGUAGAGGAAUGCAAAAUGUUCAAUUAUUAGUGGUAAAUAGGCAUAAUAAAAAUUUAUUAUGUGGAGUUGGAGAGAUUGGAGAAAUUUAUGUCAGAGCCGGAGGACUUGCCGAAGGAUAUUUGGAAUUGGAUGAUAUUACCAAAGAAAAAUUUUUAAAUAAUUGGUUUUCGGAUGGAACGAUUUUAGAAUCACCCGAAGAUGAAGGGAAUGAGGAAUGGAGAAAAUUUUGGAAAGGAAAGAGAGAUAGAAUGUAUAAAUCUGGUGAUCUGGGAAGAUAUCAAUCAGAUGGAAAUGGUCGAGCUGAUAAUCAAAUUAAAAUACGCGGAUUCCGAAUUGAACUUGGUGAAAUUGAUACACAUCUUUCACAACAUCCAUUUGUUAGAGAGAAUGUCACAUUAGUACGAAGAGAUAAAUACGAAGAACAAACACUCGUUAGUUACUUUGUACCUAUUGAAAAUGAGGAAUCUGAAGCAUUUUUAAGUUCAAACGAUGAAGCUGAAGAAGAUAAUGAAGAAAAAGGAAUAACUAAACGAAAAUAUCGUAAAUUCAUAAAACAAAUAAGGGAUUAUUUGAAACAAAAAUUACCAAGUUAUAGUGUUCCUUCAGUAUUUGUUCCACUAAAAAAGAUGCCAUUAACACCAAAUGGAAAGAUUGAUAAACCUGCAUUACCUUUUCCUGAUACCCCACAAUUUUCAUCUUCGACGUCAGAUACAUCAAAUAAUGUUUUAAAAACCAGUAUGCAAAAAAUGAAUCCAGUAGAACAAAAAGUACAUACUAUUUGGUCAAAAUUACUUCCCAACCCUCCGACACCUUAUAUUCCAUUAGAUGAGAAUUUCUUUGAUCUUGGAGGACAUUCAAUUCUAGCCACAAGGUUGAUUUUUGAACUUCGUAAAAUAUGUAAUGUAGAUAUUCCAUUAGGAAUGAUUUUUGAGCAACCAACAAUUCGAGGUCAAGCCAUGGAAAUUAAUAAUAUAUUACAAAGUGAUUUAAAUAUUGUGAUGACUGAUAACGUGACGGCUGAAACAACUGUUGAUAAUAAGAAUAAAGAUUCUAUUAAAAAAGAAUUUAAUUAUGCUGCAGAUGUUGAUUUAUUAGCAUCCGAAUAUCUUUUAGAAAAAUAUGAUCCCUUACCAGAAAAUUAUGAACGAAAGACAAUAUUUGUUACAGGUGUUACAGGUUUUCUUGGAGCUUUUAUACUUUCUUCUUUACUUUACUUGAAUGAGACAAAAGUAAUUGCGCAUGUUAGAGCUCAAGAUAAAGAGCUUGCAAUUGAAAGAGUGAGGAAAAGUUGUAUAUCACAUUUAGUAUGGAAUGAGGAAUGGUUAACAGAAGGUAGAUUGGAAGUUGUUAAUGGUGAUUUAGGGAAAGAUAGAUUAGGUAUUGAAGAAGAGGAAUGGAAUUCAUUAGCUGAACGUGUAGAUGUAGUUAUACAUAAUGGAGCUUUGGUACAUUGGGUAUAUCCAUAUAAUAAACUCAAAGCUGUCAACGUACUUGGAACAUUACAAUGUAUCAAACUCGCAUCGAAACAUCAUACCAAACCUUUUAAUUUUAUUAGUUCUACAUCUAUUUUUGAUACAGAACAUUAUGUCUCAUUAAGUGAUUCUUUAAUUGAAAAAGGUGAAAAGGGAAUAAGUGAAGAUGAUGAUUUAGAAGGUAGCAGAUAUGAAUUAAGAACAGGAUAUGGUCAAAGUAAAUGGGUUGCGGAAAAAUUAAUAUUAGAAGCACGAAAGAGAGGUUUACCAGCUACUAUUAUAAGACCUGGCUAUAUUGUUGGACAUUCUAAAACUGGGGUCACGAAUACCGAUGAUUUUAUUUGGCGUUUAAUUAAGGGUUGCGUUCAACUAAAACUUGUACCUACUAUACAUAACAUAAUUAAUAUGUGUCCCGUGGAUUAUGUUUCUGAAUGUGUUAUCCGAAUUUCACUUUCUCCCAUUGCUCCUUCUAAAGGUGUAUUUCAUAUUACUCAUCCGAUCAACCCUUUCAGAUUUGAUGAUUUGUUUAAUUCUUUACCACUUUAUGGUUAUAUCGUUUCAAAGACCGAAUAUAUUGUUUGGCGUAAUGAAUUGAUGGAAUUUACUUUAAAAUCUCAAGAUAAUGCAUUAUAUCCUCUUUUACAUUUUGUAUUGGAUGAUUUACCUACAACCACCAAAGCACCACAAUUAAAUAAUUCAAACACAAUAGAAGUAGUUGGAAUGGAAUGUGAACCAAUUUCCGAGAGAUUGAUGGGAAUUUAUCUUGGAUAUUUAGUUAAAGUUGGAUUUUUAGAUAAACCAGAUCUUAGAGGUGGAUCAAGAAUUGGAAAUGAAAAAGUAUUGGAUUUACCUGAUGUUGUGGUAGCAUUAGAAGGUAUUGAGGUUUUAAAGAGGAGUGGUAGAAAUUAA